AUGGCGCAUCGAGAGCGCACCUCGACAACGGGGGCGGCGGCAACCACACGCCCUACGCCGCUGGACCACCACCACCAUCAUCAACCCCACCGUCGGCGACUAUCCACACUCGAAUUCCACUCGCCGCCACCCUCACCAACUUACUAUCCGGAACACGAGCCGCAGCCGCCGAUUCUGCCCAAACGCUCGCAGCGCAUCUUCGCGCUCCUACUGAAACCCAUCGUGCUGCCAGCGCUCGUGCUCGCGUUGCCGGCAUGGCCGCUGCUCGCCGCCGCGUGCGCAAUCCCCGUCAUUGGCGUGAUGGCGAUCCCGAUCCUGCUGCUGAUCUCUGUGCUGCUGCUGUACGUUCUCGCCUGGAUUUGCUAUCUUUUCCUGGCGCAAAAGGACCUCCCGGCGACGUGGACAAAUGCGCGCCGCUGGUCGCCGCGCAGUCUGCUGCCGUUUGUGCCCAUCAAUCCGGUGCGGUGCGCAAAAGUCGAUCUGGCCGCGUUCCGAUACGUGGUGACUGCGUUUCGAGUCGUUUUCCCGGCAGUGUUCGAUUGGAGUUAUCGGCGGAUCAUGGUGAUUGGGACGACAAAGGGGUCAAGGGUGGUGAAGGAGGGAAUUCUGUACGGCAGUCCAGCACGCGGGAAGCGGUUGGACGUGUACUUGCCUGCUGACGCCCCAGGUCCUGCUGCUGGCGGCAACGCUAGCGGGACUACCACUCCGAGCGCAUCCCCGAACGGUGUACCCGCUAUCGUGGUGAUCCCAUCCAUGCUUGGCCCGCUGACCAUCACCUCGAAACGUCGGCUCUAUCUUCAACUCGCCCUCCGCCUGCGUCGCAUGGGCUACUGCGUCGUCGUCGCCGACAUCACGUACUACCCGGAAUCGCGCAUCAAGUCGUCCGUGAUCGAUCUUCGCUUGGUGUUGCGGUGGACCGCCAAGAACUGCCAGCGCUACGGUGGUGAUCCGACCAAGAUCUACGUGCUGGGGCAUGGGUUGAGUGCGCACCUGGUGAUGCUGACGAUCUCGCAGGAGGCGGUGGUGCUCAGUCGCGAGGGGCACUUGGAUCGAGCGUACGAGAGGGAGCGACAUAUCUUGCGGGCUAAACAUGGCGUGGAAGCCGCUGGGUUGCACAGAAGGCAAGGCGAAGGCCGGGAGGAUGGGGAAGAAGAAGAGGAGGAGUGGUUGAAGAGUGGCGAGGUUAGGGCAACGAGUAGGAGGAAGCGGGUAGCGUCGAUUGCGCACUCGGAUGCGCUGGACGAGGAGAACGAUGAGCCGCUCAAACUUGGUGGUGCAUCCAGAGCACACCCUGGCACUAGCCGUGGCGAUGGCAGUGGCGGUGGCGAUGCAGUCGGUCCCGCAGUAGACAGUGCAGCAGAAGCAUGGGUUGACGACACUGAAGACCCGUCCUCCACCACUAUCCCAGGCCACGUCAUGGGCACAACGCACCGCUUCACGCGCAGUUCGGACCACCACGCUCCUCCGUCCCCUUCUUCAUAUCCGACCUCGACGGCACGCAAGACCGAGGAAGCGGAAAGCAUCCUCACCUCGCCUGCGUACCGCAAAGCCGAAGACGAGGUCGGCAACGGCUUACGCCGCGUCGAGAUCUACGAACCCGAAGUGGAGCUUCCUGUCAUCGCGGGCGUCAUCCUGCUCUCGGGAAUCAGCGACGUGAUCAAGGGUUUCCGCUCCGAAUCCGAGCGCGGCCUCGAACACCUCAGCUACCUCCGCCGCGCCACAGGGCCGUCGCACUUCAACUGCCUCAUCCACUCCCCCGCUCACCUGCUCUACGCCGCCAAGAACAUCGUCGAUACCCGACUCCUGCCGAGCAAGUUCCUCUUGGUCCACGGCGGCAAAGACUCGGUGGUACCUGUGGAACAGAGCACGCUGCUCAAGACGCUACUUGUGGGCAUUGGAGUGGAUCAGGUGCGGUUGAGAGCGUACAGGAACCUGGGCCAUGCCGAGUCCAUCGCGUGUUUGUUCUUGGGCAUGGCCAGGUCGUAUACCAGGUAUACUAGGCAAAUCUCGGAGGACAUCUCGUCGUUUGUCGGGCAGUAG